GUUCAUGCAAACUUCCCUAAUACUCCAAUAAUCUUUAGCUGAGAUAGCUUAGCCAUGGAAAUUCAGGGUGAGAAUCAUGAGAAUAAAGUAGGCAUUUUAGCCCAUUGGUGGUGCUGGUUAAAGGAUUUUCCUAACAGGGCAGUUGCAAAAUUUGUUCAAUUUGCUAGCUUGACAAAGAAAAUUGGGCAAGAAGACCCAAGAAGAGUGAUCCAUUCUCUCAAAGUAGGAUUUGCACUUACAUUGGUUUCUUUGUUCUACUACUUCAAGCCACUCUAUAAAAAUUUUGGAGUUUCAGCAAUGUGGGCUGUCUUGACUGUGGUCGUCGUCUUCGAAUUCUCUGUAGGUGCAACAAUAGGAAAGGGCAUAAAUAGAGGACUAGCAACAUUACUAGCUGGUGCAUUAGGAAUAGGAGCUCAUCAUUUGGCAAGCAUGACAGGGAAUGUUGGGGAGCCCUUAUUGAUUGGGACCUUCGUCUUUCUUCAAGCUGUUGUAUCAACAUUUAUUAGGUUCUUUCCCAGAGUGAAGGCUAGAUAUGACUAUGGAUUGAUGGUUUUCAUCUUAACAUUCUGCCUUGUGUCGAUUUCGGGUUUUCGAAUGGAUGAAAUACUCGUUUUGGCACACCGAAGGCUGUCAACGGUAUUGAUUGGUGGAUGUACCUGCGUGAUGGUGUCCAUUUUUGUGUUCCCCGUAUGGUCAGGAGAGGAUCUUCACAAUCUCAUUGCGGAUCAUAUUGAAAAACUCGAAAAUUGCAUAGAAGGUUUCGGAGAAGAGUUCUUUUUGACAUCAGAGUUGAAGAAUGAUAAAGCAGUUCCGGUUACUUAUAGAACUGUUUCGAAUUCUAAAAGUACUGAGGAAACCCUGGCCAAUUUCGCAAGGUGGGAACCAGGACACGGAAAGUUCAUGUAUUUCCAUCCUUGGAAACAAUACCUGAAAAUCGGGAAUUUGACAAGGCAAUGUGCCCGAAGAAUUGAAGCCCUUAAUUGUUACCUUAAUUCAGAAAUCCGGAUACCGCGAGGAAUUCGAGAAAAAUUCCGGGAUCCGUGUACGAAUAUGUGCAAAGAAUCAGGCCAAGCAUUGAAAGAACUAUCCUUAGCAAUCAGAAAAAUGACUAUGCCAUCUUCUCCAAGUGAUCAUGUUAUGAACUCAAAAAUGGCAGCCCAGAACCUUAAAUCCUUACUUACAUCAGAUUCUUGGGAAAAGGAUACUAAUCUGUUACAGGUUAUGCCACUUGCAGCAAUUGCAUCUUUGCUAAUUGAGGUUGUUUUAAGUGUGGAGGAAAUUGCUGAAUCUGUUAAUGAACUUGCUUCCAUGGCCAAUUUUUCGAGCUCGUUAGACAAAAAUAACGUCCCAAACACUACUGAAGAAUUUUCAGGCGGUGAAAGAAAAUGCAAAGAGAAUCAAAUGAGUGGCUGUUUGGACCACGUCAUUAUUCCAGUUUGCGGGUUGAAGUAAAAUCUCCUGCCAUUUGAGAAAAUAUUCAGUACAUCUGUUGUGUAUGUGUUGGAAAACAAUAAUUUAGAGCCAAGCUCAUUCUAAAAAUACAAAGUGAAUUCUUGGUUGAGUUACUUUUGUGAUUUAUCAUUCCGUACGUUUUUGUCUUGAAAA